AUGAGCUGGACCUCAGCAUUCCACCAGAAUAAGUCGGGGGACAACAAUACUUCGAUACGAGCAGGCAGCGAGUCUCGACCACGGCGAGCCGAAUACAACGUCUUGAGGAAGAAGAGAGGCAGGCGACCAAAGGACAGUCACCGGCCGAGCAGCGACGCUUUGGUGACCCACGAUGACGGUGACGAGGAGUCGUUGCGUGCUUGGAAGGAGAAAGGGCAGAAGCAGAAGGUGUCGAGAUGGAGGCGGAUGUUCCGACGUCGGCGUGGGAGUUAA